AUGAAGUACAUGAAGAAGUACAUGAAGUACAUGAAGAAGAUGAUUUACAGCUUCUGUUUAGCCAUACAGGAAUAUGAGUUACUGAGCACCCCACAGAACUAUCAUCCACCUCCACAUUACACGAUAAUCCUCCUAGGAAAAACAGGAGUUGGGAAAAGUGCUUGUGCAAACAGCAUCCUGGGAAAAAAGGCUUUUGUUUCUAAGAAGAGCAUUAAAACUGUAACUAAGCAGGUUCAGAUGGACAGAGUGAUUUUUGAUGGAGAGAUUUUUCAUGUGUACGACACUCCAGGAGUGUUUGAUCCAGACAGGAACAAUGACAAUCUAAAACAGUUCGAGUCUCUCCUCCAGCCUGGUAAGGCAGUUUAUAAUGUGGUGUUGUUGGUGAUGAAGGCUGACAGACUAAGUCCAGAAGAUGAGGAAGCUGUUAAUCUGAUAAAGGAUUUUAUACCAGAACGUCUCAUCAGAAACACCUGGAUCCUCUUCACCAGAGGAGAUGAGCUGGAGAGAGAAGAUCUCACUAUAGAAGAGUUUAUAGAAGAAACUUAUAAACUAAAGAGAAUCGUGCAGAGAUUUGAGAACAGAUAUCACGUCUUCAACAACUUCUCCUCAAGUCCACAUCAAGUCAGAAGUUUAAUCAACAAGAUCAAAAUAACUGCACAGAUCAUCUAUCCAGAGAUGAUUUUUCCACAAAUACUACUUGACCCUGAGGAAGAUCCUCUUCACAGAAGAAUUGUGCUGGUGGGGAAGAGCGGUUCUGGAAAGAGUGCUACAGGAAACACCAUCCUGGGAAAGAAGAGAUUCAGAUCUGAGUUCAGUUGUAGCUCUGUAACAGUAAAAUGUGAAAAAGAGAAAGCAGUGGUUACAGGAAGGAAUCUAACUGUGAUCGACACACCAGGAAUAUUUGACACAACAACAAAUCUUCGGAAGUUAGCUGAGGAGAUAGGGAGGAGAAUCUAUCUGUCUGCUCCAGGUCCUCACGCUUUCCUUUAUGUUCAUUCUAUUAUUACCAGAUUCACUGAACAGGAUGUGAUAGACAAAUUAGAGAGGAUUUUUGGAAAAGGCAUGAGCAAAUACACAAUCAUUCUCUUCACUCAUGGCGAUUCAUUAAAAAAUAAAACAAUAAACAUUGAGAGUGAGAUACAGAAAAACAAAUCUUUAAGGAAAGUAAUAGAUCAGUGUGGAGGUAGAUAUCACAUCUUCAACAAUAAAGACCGGAGAGGGAAACACCAGGUCACUGAGCUGUUACACAAGAUCGACAGAAUGGUGAAGCAGAAUAGAGGAAGGCGCUACUCCAAUGAGAUGUUAAAGGAAGCAGAGAAACUCAGACAAGAGGAUGAGAGAAACCAAAAUAAAGAAGGGUUUAAAGCAUUUUACAGAAAAUACAAAUGGAGGUUGUUUGCUGCUUUUUUUGGUGGGGGAGCAGGACUUGGAGCUGCAGUAGGAGCUAUAGUAGGUGUUUGUGUUGGUGGUCCUGUAGGUGCAGCCAUUGGUGCAGGCGUUGGUGCAGGCAUUGGUGCAGGCAUUGGCUCUCUUGCAAUUCACAUUUGGGUUUUCACUUAA